AUGGUUAACUAUACUAUCAUAAACUCGGGUCUCCCUCUCAAGCUACAGCUUGAUGCUGUUAAUAGCGGUGGCGUACACACUAAGAGCAUGGUCGAAGAUAUCCUCACUGAUAUUAAGAGGGUCGGGGAUCUUGCUAUUAGUACUCAUGUGUCUAUACUCGAAAUCAAGACCGUUUUGUCACUUAUCUCGUCUGAGUGCAAGAUUUUGUAA